GUUCAGACAACCUUGACAAGGAAAAGCGCUCCUUAUGGUUAGGUUUCUUGUCAAUGUCGAGGCGUGAUGUCGCUCCUGGUGCGAAUGUUCAAGAAAUGAGUGAUGUGAACCAAAAUUUGUCCUACAGUUUUCGGUUGGGCAUUUCUAGUGACGUGGAGGAUACGCAAGCCUUUCGUCGAAACCAGACAUCACGAUGCAGCUCUACAGGUGUGCUGUCUUUCACUAAUGACGACUUACAUCCUGAUAUCUUACUGGACCAAGGCAUCGAAGGUUUUGACUAUGAUCCUGUUCAGAAUAAAAUAUUCACUGACGAAGGAGUACGAAGGGCGUCUUAUGGAAGCAUCUUUAGAGGAGCCUCGCUAAGGCAUUUAGUACUAUUCUUCAUAGGCGUGUUUACUGGACUUUCUGCCUGCGUAAUUGAUUACGCUAUUGAAAACAUCUCGAAGUAUAAGUAUAGAUCAGUUUCAUGGCUUAUCAGUCGUUACCCACAUUCUUUGUGGAUUUCUGUUCCAGGAUUUUUGUGGUGUGCAAUCAAUUCUUUCCUCACAGGUAUAGCAGCUACACUAGUCGUCUUUUUAGCUCCAGUUGCUUCUGGAAGCGGAAUCCCGCAAAUUAAAUGUUAUCUUAAUGGUCUUAAUGUUCCUCGUGUUAUGCGAUGCCUGACUAUGAUCGUAAAGGGUGUUGGUGUUAUUUUGGCGGUGUCUGGAGGUUUGGCUGUUGGAAAAGAGGGACCUAUGAUACAUAUUGGCUCGGUGAUUGCUGCAGGAUUAUCACAAGGGCGAUUGCGGUUUUUAAAAUAUUCCUUGGGUUGCUUGAAGAUUUUUAGAAAUGACCAAGAAAAACGUGAUUUUGUCAGUGCUGGUGCGGCUGCUGGGGUUGCAGCUGCUUUUGGAGCACCUGUAGGGGGUCUGUUAUUCGCCCUUGAAGAAGGCGCUAGUUUCGUUUAUCAAAGAUUAACAUGGACCAUACUCUUCGCAUCAAUGGUUUCGAUGUUUACUUUGGCUCUGUUCAAAUCACUGACUCGUACCCAUGUGUUCAAAUUUACUCCUGGUGGUCUUGUAAGCUUCGGUACCAUAGAAUCAUUAAACGAUUACAAUGCCUAUGAAAUUCUUAUGUUUUUGCUAAUGGGUCUAAUUGGUGGAUUAUCUGGAGCAUUGUUUGUGAAAGCGAAUUCAGUCCUAACAAGAUAUAGACAAAAGAACAUUACAACAAAAUAUAACAAGAUUAUAGAAGCCAUUCUGGUCAGUUCGUUAACUACCACUUUAUGUUUUUCAAUAAUGUGGGCUGUUCGUGAUUGUAGUCCAUUAGCAUAUACUAGCAGUUCUUUCCCUCUCAAAAUGAUGUGUGCGGACAACGAGUUUAAUUCAAUUUCCUCACUGUUAUUUUCAACACCUGAACGUUCUCUCCGAACUCUGCUUCACGAUCCUCCAAUGACAUAUAGUAUUUCAGUGUUAACCAUAUUUGUACUCGUAUACUAUUUCUUGGCCUGCAUUACAUAUGGUUUGUCUGUUCCUGCUGGUCUAUUCAUACCAUCUUUGUUGAUUGGUGCUGGCUGGGGUCGAAUCAUAGGACAUUUAAUGCAUACUAUUGAUCCAGUUCAUUUCUCCGAUCCCGGUAAAUUCGCACUGAUUGGAGCUGCUGCACAAUUAGGUGGUAUUGUUCGAACGACAUUAAGUUUAACAGUUAUUCUAAUGGAGGCAACAGGCAACGUAAUUGUUGGAUUACCUUUGCUAAUGACUUUGACUGUUGCUAAGUAUGUGGGUGAUUGUUUAAGCGAAGGGAUUUAUGAUGAACAUAUUGGAUUGAAUAGUAUGGCUUUACUUCCGUGGACACCGCAUUCUUUAUCUAUAACUAAGAGAGCUUAUGACCUGAUGUCUAAUCCAGUCGUGUUUUUAUAUCCUAUUAUGCGUGUUAGUGAAUUAGUUGAACGGGUUACAAAUAAUUUACAUCAUGGAUUUCCAGUUGUAGUGGGUUCCACAGAUUCAUCAAGAUUUUCAUAUGGUACUUUAGUUGGGAUGAUUUCUUCGGAGCAUUUAGCACUACUGUUGCAAAAACGGGCAUUUUUAUCUAAAGAUGGUAAUAUCGUAUAUUCAUUGACCUAUAAAGAUUAUGAUGAUGCUUAUCCAUCCUAUCCAAAGUUAGGUGAUGUUUUAGCUAAUUUGUCAUGUGAUGAUAUGGACGCCUACUUAGACUUGAGGCCAUACAUGUGUGAAGCGCCAUACAGUGUCCCAGAGACUAUGACAAUGACUCGUGUUUACCAUCUUUUCCGUUUAUUGGGUCUCCGGCAUCUACCGGUUGUUGAUAGUCAAAAUCAAGUUCGUGGAAUCAUUACACGGAAAGAUUUAAGACGUUUCAAAUUCGAAUUUGUUAGCGGUGAAUAUCGUGUAGAAGAGUUGAUUUUUUCACGUAAAAUGUGAGCACUACUUAAGAUCUUUUCCCUUUUCUUCUUUUUUUUUAAAAACAAACAAAUAAACAUGAUUUUAAUUAUUUUCUUUGGAUCUGUUAUCAACAUUGUAUAUUUAUGCUCAUCAUCAGUAUUAACUAACCUGUUCUGAUUCUAUAUUAUUGUGAAGAAAACAUUUAUUGGAUUCACUGACUGACUAAUAAUAAUAAUAAUAAUAAUAA